AUGGCAAUGGAACUAGGAACUGAUUUAGAUACCGGUACCCCUGUAAAUAACGUCUCACCGAAAGAUGUUAAAAUAGCUAGAACUGCUGCAAGCUAUUCUAAGAAAUUAUUACCCAAACGUGGUAACGUCACCACGAUGAACAAAUUUCGCCGGGUUAAGACUAAUGAUGGGGAAGAAUACUUUGUAUUCAAUAAGCUUGCUGAGAGUAAGACUGUCAAAAAACCCUCACCUCUUACGAAAAGCUCCUCUCGAAACAAAAGUAUAUCCGGAGGUUUUCAGUAUGCUCCACCUUAUAGAAAGUCAGGCCCCAAAACCCCCAAAGUCAUACAACCAAAGCACCUUCCCUCUCAAUUUCCUUUAAGUUAUAAAACCAACACGAAAUUGUGUACCGGUAUGACAAAUAGCACAUAG